GCUGCGGGACGCGUGUGUGCGACGUCGCUCGGCAUCGCUAAUUCCUGCUGCUUACCCGAGGCCAUGGGGGAAGUUUGUUCACAGAGUCCACGCCAGCACGCCGCCACACGCCAGGCCGAGCUCUGAGCGCGACCUCUGAGUUUGACCUCUGAGAAGGGCCGUCCGCCUGCGCCGCCAGGCGACAUGGCCAACAGCUCCUUCCGCGGCGGCAAGCGCGGCCGCCGCGGCUCCGCCUACCUGGAGACCGAGUUCAGCUGCUCGCUCCAGGAGCUGCGCUCGCUCAUGGAACUGCGGGGCGACGACGCCCGCGACCAGAUCCGACACAGCUACGGGGACGUUGACGGACUCUGCGCCAGACUCAGAACCUCUGCCCUCGAAGGUCUGGACGCUUCGUGGGAGGACCUGGAGCGCCGGCGGCAGGCGUUUGGACCCAACGUGAUCCCCCCCAAGAAGCCAAAAACCUUUGUGCAGUUAGUGUGGGAGGCGCUGCAGGACGUGACGCUCAUCAUCCUGGAAGUGGCCGCCAUCGUUUCGCUUGGCCUUUCUUUCUACCGACCGCCGCACGCCGACAGGGACAGUUGCGGGAGUGCGGCGGGCGACGUGGGCGACGAGGGCGAGGCGGAGACGGGCUGGAUCGAGGGUGCGGCCAUCCUGCUGUCGGUGGUGUGCGUGGUGCUGGUGACGGCCUUCAACGACUGGAGCAAAGAGAAACAAUUCCGAGGCCUGCAGAGUCGCAUCGAGCAGGAGCAAAAGUUCAGCGUGCUGCGCGCGGGGCAGCUGGCGCACGUCAAAGUGUCCGACAUCGUCGUGGGAGACAUCGCGCACGUCAAAUAUGGCGACCUCCUCCCCGCCGACGGCAUCCUCAUCCAAGGCAACGACCUGAAGAUCGACGAGAGCUCCCUGACCGGAGAGUCGGACCACGUCAAAAAGAGCACCGACAAAGAUCCCAUGUUGCUCUCAGGCACUCACGUGAUGGAGGGCUCGGGCAAGAUGGUGGUGACGGCGGUGGGCGUCAACUCUCAGACGGGCAUCAUCUUUGCGCUGCUCGGCGCCGGCGAGGAAGGCGGCGACGGAGACGACGACAAGGCCGAGAAGGAAAAGAAGAGGAAGCGGAAGGAAGAGCGCAAGAAGAGGGAGAGAAAGGAGAAGAAAAGUACGGGUGCGGAGUCCCCUCGCGGUUCGUUGCGUUUCGUAAGGCCGCGGCUCACGGCCCCGUCUUCUUUCACAGGUAAAAAGGAGGAAAUAGGCAAGAUAGGGAAGAGCAAAGAUGGCGCGGCCGUGGAGAUGGAGCCGCUCAACGACGACGCGGAGCCAGAGAAGAAGAAAAGCAACCUGAGGAAGAAGGAGAAGUCAGUCCUUCAAGGGAAGCUGACCAAGCUGGCGGUGCAGAUCGGCAAAGCAGGCCUCUUCAUGUCCACGCUGACCGUCAUCAUCCUCAUCGUUCGCUUCCUGGUGGACACCUUCUGCAUUCAGGGAAUUCCCUGGACUGCCGAGUGCGUGCCCAUCUACAUGAAGUUCCUGGUCAAGUUCUUCAUCAUCGGUGUGACCGUGCUGGUGGUAGCUGUGCCCGAAGGUCUUCCUCUGGCCGUCACCAUCUCCCUGGCCUACUCCGUCAAGAAAAUGAUGAAGGACAACAACCUGGUGCGCCACCUGGACGCCUGCGAGACGAUGGGCAACGCCACCGCCAUCUGCUCCGACAAGACCGGCACGCUGACCAUGAACCGCAUGACAGUGGUCCAAGCCUACGUGGCAGGCUGCUACCACAAGAAAGUGCCCGAGCCCGGCCUGGUACCCGCCAAGAUCUUAGACCUGCUGGUUCUUGGGAUUGGGGUCAACUGCGCCUACACCACCAAGAUUAUGCCCCCCGACAAGGAGGGCGGUCUCCCUCGCCAGGUGGGCAACAAGACAGAAUGUGCCUUACUGGGACUGAGUUUGGACCUGCGACGGGACUACCAGAGUGUUCGCAACGACAUCCCCGAGGAGAAGCUCUUCAAGGUGUACACCUUCAACUCGGUCCGGAAGUCCAUGAGCACCGUGCUCCGGAACCACGAUGGCAGCUACCGCAUGUUUAGCAAAGGAGCCUCCGAGAUCCUGCUCAGGAAGUGCUGCAAGAUCCUGACGGAGAACGGCGUCGCCAAAGCCUUCAAGCCUCGCGACCGGGAGAAAUUGAUGAAGACGGUUAUCGAGCCCAUGGCGUCCGAGGGCCUGAGGACCAUCUGCCUGGCCUAUCGGGACUUUGGCGCCGCCGACCAGCCCGACUGGGACGACGAGGCCGACGUCCUCACUGGACUCACCUGCAUUGCCGUGGUCGGCAUCGAGGAUCCUGUCAGACCUGAGGUGCCGGACGCCAUCAGGAAGUGCCAGCGCGCGGGCAUUACGGUGCGCAUGGUGACGGGAGACAACAUCAACACGGCGCGCGCCAUCGCCAGCAAGUGCGGCAUCCUCCAGCCCGGGGGCGACUUCCUGUGCCUGGAGGGGAAAGAGUUCAACAGACGCAUACGCAACCAGCUGGGCGAGAUCGAGCAGGAGCGAAUUGACAAGAUCUGGCCCAAACUGCGAGUCCUGGCCCGUUCGUCGCCGACUGACAAGCACACCCUCGUCAAAGGCAUUAUCGACAGCUCGGUGCUGGAGCAGAGGCAAGUCGUGGCGGUAACCGGAGACGGCACCAACGACGGGCCCGCCCUCAAGAAGGCCGACGUCGGCUUCGCCAUGGGCAUCGCCGGGACGGACGUGGCCAAGGAGGCGUCGGACAUCAUCCUGACCGACGACAACUUCAGCAGCAUCGUCAAGGCGGUGAUGUGGGGCCGCAACGUCUACGACAGCAUCUCCAAGUUCCUGCAAUUCCAGCUCACCGUCAACGUGGUGGCCGUCAUCGUGGCCUUCACCGGCGCCUGCGUCACGCAGGACUCGCCCCUGAAGGCGGUGCAGAUGCUGUGGGUCAACCUGAUCAUGGACACCUUUGCCUCGCUGGCGCUGGCCACCGAGCCGCCCACCGAGGCCCUGCUGCUGCGCAGCCCCUACGGACGCAGCAAGCCGCUCAUCUCGCGCACCAUGAUGAAGAACAUCCUGGGUCACGCCGUCUACCAGCUCGCCGUCAUCUUUACGCUGCUUUUCGUCGGCGAGCUGCUGCUGGACGUGGACUGCGGGCGCAACGCGCCACUGCACGCGCCGCCGUCGGAGCACUACACCAUGGUGUUCAACACCUUCGUGCUGAUGCAGCUCUUCAACGAGCUCAACGCGCGCAAGAUCCACGGCGAGAGGAACGUCUUUGACGGCGUCCUCAACAACCCCAUCUUCUGCUCCAUCGUCGUCGGCACCUUCCUCAUCCAGGUGCUGAUUGUGCAGUUUGGCGGCAAGCCCUUCAGCUGCGUGAGCCUGAGCGUGGAGCAGUGGCUCUGGUGCGUCUUCCUGGGCUUCGGCAGCCUCCUGUGGGGCCAGCUGGUGUCCAGCGUGCCCACCCGCUGGCUGAAGUUCCUGAAGACGGCGGGCCACGGCACCAAGCAGGAGGAGAUCCCCGAGGAGGAGCUGGAGGAGAUGAAGGAUCCCGACGAGAUCGACCACGCCGAGAUGGAGCUCAGGAGGGGCCAAGUGCUGUGGUGCAGAGGCCUGCAGCGCAUACAGACGCAGAUCCGCGUGGUGAACGCCUUCCGCGACAGCGUGUCCCCGUACGAGAACCUGGAGACCCCCGAGUUGCGCAGCUCCAUCCACAACUUCAUGAGCCACCCCGAGUUCCGCAUCGACGACUCGGAGCCUCACAUCCCCCUCAUUGACGAACUGGAGGUCGAGGACGAAGCGCCCACCAAGCGCAACUCGGUGGCGGUCGCCAACAACGCCCCCGGCGCCGCCCCCCCGGAGCGGGAGCGUCCCCUACUGCCAGCCGCGCACCUCAAGGACCAGCAGACCCCUCAGGCCAGGGCCGCGGGUUUGAUCUCGGCCAAUUGCGGGGGGGUGCCGCCCUGUCCCGGGAGCCCCCUGCACAGCUUGGAAACGUCGCUCUGAAGGAAGCAAAAAAAAAAAAGGAAAUGGCCACCUGAUGGGCGGGGAGCCAGGCAGAAACAGUUUUUGCGUGACGAGCCAUGAACUCUCGCAGGUGUGCUUUAGCAGAAGGUGACUUGUUAAUCAUAAAAAUCUCGCUUAGAUAUUAACGUGAUGGAUCUGUGACCUCGUGUUUGUAGGCGGCCAGGUUGGUUGGUGUCUUCAUUGUAUGUCGUGUGAGUUUUUGUAAAGAAAGAAAUGGAACUUAGGUCAUGGUUUUCACAGUCACAAGGAAGGAAAAUGUUCCAUUAUCUUCUUAUUUGAAUUCCAAAAUUUGAAAGGAAAUAGAAAAACAUCUUUCGUCAUUGAACAUAUAUUCACUGUCAUUCAUUCAUGGUUUCAUUUUUAUAUAUGGAAUGUCCACAUAACUUGAAAUGAUACAUUUAUGGUCCUUUUUUAGUCAUUAAAACAUCUCUUUGAAUUGAA